AGCUCUUCAAAUACAGUGUGCCUUCUAAGCUCUGUGUGACUGGAAUCCUGUUCACACUAUCUGUCCUGUGAACUGUGAAGUCUUCUUACUCACAGAACUGAAAGGGAAUUAUGAAAAUGCAGCAAAGAACCUCCUUUCAGAUUGGCUUCUUCCUUUUAGCUUUCAUGGAAAUAAUUUCAGCAGUGCCACACGACUACACAGAAAUUCUACAAAAGAACAGGAAUGCUACUUCUGGGCUUUACGUCAUUCAACCUGUCCGAUCCCCUCCGCUUGUGGUCAACUGUGUCAUGAGACAUGAUGGUGGCUGGACAGUAAUUCAAAGUAACACCAGAAGUAGCAAGAUCACGUGGAAGGAGAGCUGGACCACAUAUAAAUAUGGCUUCGGUGAUGUGCUGAGUGAUCACUGGUUGGGUAAUGAGUACAUCUAUCUUCUAACCAUGCAGACUCAUUACAAACUGAGAAUAGAGUUUAAAGAUAAUCGCAAUGCAAUUAAAUAUGCAGAAUAUUCCUUUUUUUAUUUAGAACCUGAGAGUGGGAAGUACACCAUCAGACUGGGUGAAUUUUCUGGGAAUGUUUAUGACCAAAUGUCCAGACUUACAACCAAUCAAAUGAUUGUUAACCAGGCUUUUAGUACAAAGGAUAGAGAUAAUGAUAAUUACAAAAGCUGUUGUCCCUCGAGUCGUGGUGGAUGGUGGUUUGAUGCCUGUGGUUAUGCAUAUCUUAAUAACAAGUCCCCAUACUGGGCUGGAAUUAGCAUUAAUAAAGUCACCAUGAUGGUUCAAGCACUGUGUUAACUGUGGCUUCAGGAAAAAUAUCAGUUUGUUUAUCACUUGUUUAUUCAGUGGCCGUUAACAUUACAUCACUAUUCUUGGGGGAAAAAAAACAAAUUAUUUCCAUUAUUACAAAAUUCUAGAAUUUCCAGUCUACUCUUAGCUCCACUAUAUGCGUCAGUAAUUAUUUCAACUGGGAGCCUUAAAUAUUUACCACUCCUCUCCCUCCUAGUUGCCCCAUUAUUCGUUAUGCUCCUGGAUCCAAAUGCAUUUACUAUCCCCAGCUGUUGAUAUUUUCUACCUGUAGGAGCCAUUCAUAGAUGCUAAGUGCCAAGAUACUGUUCCUUGUGGGCAUCACAAUAUUUAUCUAGGUUCUUCACCCAGAGAGUUGUGAGCGCAUGGAAUACUUUGCCAGUGGUAGUCGUGGAAACGGAGUCAUUAGUGACAUUUAAGCAACUGCUGGACAUGCACAUGGACAGCAGUGAAUUGAGGGGAAUGUAGGUUAGUUUAUCUUAUUUUUGGAUUAGGAUUAUUCCACGGCACAACAUUGUGGGCCGAAGGGCCUGUACUGUGCUGUACUUUCCUAUGUUCUAUAUCAUUGUUCUCAUUCCUUAGGUUGAUGAUCACUGAAUAAAUUAAAUCAAGUUCUUUGCCAGAGGUGUCAUCUUGAUUUCAGGAUGUUAAAAGUUGAUAUAAUCCAGCAUGUUCAUAUAUUCUGAUCUUUCACAUUACCAUAUAAACACUGCAUCACACUAUGUGCAAGGGAACUUUGACUUUUUACACAGCUUAAUCUACUUUUGCAAGACUGUAAUGCAAAAAAUUAUACACCAAAGCACAUGUGAACAUGCUGGAAGUCUGGAAAAAUAAUCGACGGCAAUAUGUAAAUUUGUGCAGAAAGUUUACUGACUGCCACUUAGGUUGAUUCAAUUGGGGCCAGCACUUAUUCUAAUCAAACAAGAAUUCCACAAAUCUGCUUUAUCUCUUUUCCAGAUCUGCUUAUUUUAAC